UAUUGUCUGUCGCCGAUCGCCCUGUGUCGCUAUCGUAAUCGCAAUCGCAAUCGCAAUCGUAAUCGCAGUCGAUCUUCAAUAUGUCUUUUGGGAACAUUGGAAACACAUCGGACUUGGAGUGCGAUAAGAAUGAGUACCCGAGGCAGCGUCCCACGGGCAUUGUGACCAAGGUGGCCGCCCACAAGCUCUCCUCGGAGCCCAAAUGGGCCGACAAGCGGGAUGAUGAUUCCGACUCGGAGGUCUCAUCGCCAGAUAAUUUUCUAACCAAAGGCGCCUUUCUACUGACACCCUCCUAUGAACUAUCCAUGGAACGGGCGGCGCUCAUCUGUGAGAAGAUGAGCUUCAAGGGAUGCUUCAGCCUGACCAAAACCGCUACAGGAAUUUUGUUUAAAUUCUCACAUCCAGAUGACUACCAGGCGGUGUUCAAGAAGGGCUUCCACAAGGUCACCGGAGCGCGCUUCUAUCGCAAGCAAUCGUUUUCGCGCAGCAUUGCCAUACCAUGUCGGCCGCGCAAAACCUUCACGCUCUAUGUGCUGGAUGUGCCAGAGGAUUUGCCCGUCGAGGAUGUGCGUCAUGCCAUGUACAAGUUCGAUUCGGUGGUCGAGGUGGUGCGCUUGCACAUCUACUCGAGCCCAUCGAGCAGCAGCAGCAGCAGCAAUGUCAACGCCAAUGCCUCCUCCGCCGCCGCUGCCGCUGCCGCCGCAGCUGCCAGUGCCGAGAAGAGUGCGGAAGGUGAGCAGACACUACGCAGAGCUGCUGCCCUCCGAAGUAAUGUACUCUCCAAAAUUGGCGGCUCGAAGAUUCUUGGCAGCUUGAGCGGCUCCGUUGUGGGUGAUGCCAUCGAUAAGGCCGAGCGACCGGAACGCCGAGAGCUACCGCCGGCUGUUAUCCGCAUCACACUGGCCUCGAUGGACGAGUACAAUGUUCUGCUGCAGAAUGGCCUCAACUUUUACGACGCCACGUUCUUUCCCACUGAGGCCAAUAUCUCACUGAAGGGCGCCAGGAUUGACUACAAGCGGAGAAUGCUCGAUGGCUCGAUACCGGGGCGUGUGCGCGAACUCUUGCCCGUAUUUGAUGCGGCUGGCUUCUGCAAAUUGCCUCCACCCACCAGUAAGCUAAUUAAGCCACCGAGGUCAUGAAUCGAUACGAUCCCCAGCGAUGCCAAUACACACAACACAACAACAACAACAACAACAACAACAACGACGACGACGACAUGUUCCGGCUAGAUAGGCAGAUGUACUCAGGCUCCCCCCACCAAUUUGACGACAAAAAGAUUUCGAUGCGGAUUCAUUAUGCUUUCAGUUCUUCACUUUCAAUUUUAACUUUAAUGCUUACCCUUUACCCAUGCUCUCUAUAUACCAUAAACGAUAUACAUACAUAAUAUGUUUAAUUAAAUAUAUAAAUGUUCAGCGGAUGGAUUGCCUAUGCCCUACGCCGUAUGCCCCAACGUACGUUUCCGUUCUAGACAUAAUAAUCCCUAUUUUGGCUACCAUUUUUCAUCUUCUUUCCAUUUCUAUUCUCUCUCUCUCUCUCUCUUUCUGUCUUUUAUAAAUUCUUUUUUUUUUUUGUUUUUUUUGCUUAGUUUUAUUAUUAAAGGCCCGUAUAUGGCAUAGCGUCUAAUUUGUUUGAUUGUCUAACAAAGAAAAAGAAAAAACAUAAUA